UGGAGCAGCAAUUGAGGCAGUCACGAUCGAGGCAUCUAAGGAAGGAACGAGGCCCCAGGGCCGAUUAUAUAAACAGACGGGGUCCCGUAGCCUUUUAAAUUUAGCAACGCAACUCGCAAUACAAGACCAGUCCCACAAUACUAAAUAAUUGUAGGAUUAGAAGCCUCACGAUUGUUCUUCAAGAUGUCGAACACGACCUACAUAGCCAUGAGCUGAGCAAUAAACAGAAAUCCGGUCUUCAUGAGAUUAUGAGCAGUUGCAAAAAUGUCCUGAGCGAUCUCGAAAAGGAGGCAAAAAAAUAUGCAGAGCUGCAAUCGAAGCAGCACAAUAUUUACAAAACAGCCAAAAGAGUAUGGAAGCGGUUGACAUGGGAUAAGAACAAUAUCCACGACCUUCGAAGCCGGAUUAUUUCGACAAGUCGGCGAGGCUGAAGAAGUCUAACAACAGCAAUAACAAUAAUAACAAUAACAAUAAGGUUCGGGAUCCUCAGAAACUAGCGAAACUGCAACGGUCGA